CCGUCUGCCCACCGCCUCCUUCACUGAGAGACGCCCGGCCCAUGACGGCAGCGUCCACACGCAGAGUCCUUGCGCCUCCAGCUCGGCCGGAGCAGGCCGCGGCCCGCGGACACCGGUACCGCCGGCAGCCGCCCUCACAGCGGCUACCACUCUAUCUCUGCCUCUAUCCAUGGCUGGUCGGGGCAGCCUCUGCAGCAGGUGACUCGGGACCACCAUGGACGACUCAGAGCCAACUGUCAGCGCCAAAGCUGCAGGUCGCCAAGAUGCUGAGGGGAAGGUGGCGGCCCCACGGUGCUCUGUGGCAUCGGCGGCGGCGGCGGCACACAGGUAUGAUUUUCAUGAACACUUGAAGAAAAAAUUACCAUUAAUUAAUCCAAGUGCUCUUCAAACCUUGGAUCGUUUAAUGCAAGAGAUUCAAAACACAAGUCAGGCAGAUCCUGAGAUCCUGAAGAAGUGUGAGGCAAGAUGGUUCCAGCUCUUUAAACUAGUGGAGAAGCAAUACCAAGACCAGAUAUUGUCCCAGCAGGACCAGUACCAAUGUCAGAUCCAACUUAUCCAAGAUGAAAUCAAAGCACUAAUUCAAUUACAAAACGAAAAUGGCCUCAAACAUUGCACAGCCAAGUUACCAUCCCCUUCAAAGCACUUAGGUGACUUCGCUGGAUCUGGUAUUGCCAAUGGCCACCAUGUUAAGGAGUUGGAAUCUGAUGAACAUUCUGACUGCAGUGCGAUGGAAGAACAAAUGAUAGCUACCAGCCAAUGUAAUGACAACGACACAAGAUUGACGUGUGCCAAUGGGACAUUUUUAGCACAUGGACAACAUAUUUAUCCGAGCCUUGGUACAGUAAAUGAGGCAAGGCUGAAUACUGCAAACAGUUCGCAGGCAACAAAGGAAAAAGAUUCAAUUCAAUUCCAGCAUAAUCUAUCCAGUCUUCCUCACCCGAAAGAAAAUGUUCAAGAAUCAUUCUUUUUUGUCACUGGAGAUAAACCUUCUUUCACAUGCGUUUUAAGCAACCCAAUUCACGACUUGAAGAUCAACCAGGAAGCAAAUAGCAAUAAAUCUGAUUUUGAAAUUAAAACUGUGACAGAAAGUCGUCUUGGUGAGCAGAACACCAGUGGUUUGACAUCUUGGGCACAAAAGGUUAAAGAGAAAAAAUGUAAAUCAAAAUGUGGAGCGGGAACAACAUCAGAGAUGGUACAGCCACACGGAGCUGGGCUGCCUCAGGAGACUGAAACGGCGCCAGAUGUUCAUAUGACCACUGCAGAUUCUUCUCCCAAUUGCUCCUUCUACCUCAGCAGACCUUCAAGCAGUCCAAAUUCAUUGGUAUCCAGUGUUUCAGGGCUAUCUUAUUGGCAAAUGGAUGAGCGAGAACUCUACCACUCUUUACCGAAGAACAAGGAGACGGAUCUUUCUGAUGGAUUCUCUCCCUCCAAAACCGACAAAACACUGCACUUUCCAGCAGACUCUCAGUGUGAGAUCCCAUCGCUGAAGGAGAUCUAUUGUAUGAGGCAGAAAGACAAAGCGAGUCCGUCUGCCUGGGAUUCUUGCUCACCUCCACGCCUUCAGUCACCUCCACAGGUUUUAACACUUGAUCCAAAGCUUCACAUGAAGCCAACUGAAGCAUUUUCCCCACAUGAUCGUUGUAGUACCCCGCUGGUGGUUUCUGAAUGUGAGACACUGUCUUCAGUUGGCCCAGACUCUCUCAUCAGUGUAACCGCACAAAGCUAUUGCCAUCCCCAAUCAAAUUUGUAUGUAUGUAGUAGUCCAGAAUCAGAAUUGAUCGAUACUUCCAAAUGUACUGUACAGAAAAGCUCAGCACUUUCUCAAAGCUGGAAUUGCCAUUUGGCUUCUCCAUCUUCCACUGUUGUCCAAGGUCCAAUGUACAAUGGCCAACAUUGUACAAGCUUGAAACAAACUCGGCAUGCAAGCACCUUGCAAGGGCAAGGCGACAACAGCAGUUCCACGUUGACUCCAUCAUCUGUGCCUUGCAUUGAGUUGAGGAGUGAAAAGAAUAUAAAUGGAUUAUUGGACUAUGAUGUUUCUGCUUCAUCUCUUGAGGAUCCCAUCACAUUAUCAACUGCUCGCCUAAACUUGCGUGAGAAGCAUGCACGUCAUGUGGCCGACAUCAGAGCGUACUACGAGGCAGAAAUCGACAGCCUUAAGAAGAAACUGGACACUUUAAGUUCACCUUCAGCAAUAUUUGAAGCAGAGAAACAUAACCAGAAUCUUUCCAAAAGAUGUGAACAACUAGAAAGAACAUUAACUGAGGCUGCCACAGUAAUUCAGGAUCUUGAGAACAAGAACUCCUUAAUGGAAAUGCAAUUGGCUGACUGGCCCGGACGCUAUGAUGCAGUUAGUACUGCGGCAAAGGCAUUGCAACAGCGCCUCGAUGAAAUGCGAAAAGACAGCAAGGAGAAAGAUAGCAUGAUCAACAAACUCAACAGCAGGCUGAAGGACCUAGAAGAAGCUUUUGAAAAAGCUUACAGACAUUCUGAUAACAAAGAUGCCAGAAGAAAACAAGAACACAAAAUAUUGCAGGAUCUGCUUACAGAAUACGAGUCAUUGGGGAAAGAGCAUGAAAGUGUCAAGGAAACUUUACACACUACUGAAGAUAAACUAUAUGAUGCAAAUUCUCAGAUUUCUGAGCUGAAAAGAGUUGUUUCAAAGCUCGAGGCUCAGAUUAGACAAGUAGACCAUGAGAAAAACUACAUGAAGGUUCGGACUGGUGCAGAUAGUUGUUUACAUACAUCGAACAGCAGAUUUGUCCACCAUGAUGCAUAUCCUCCUGUAAAAUCCCCAGCUGAUGUGGCAAGACGGAAGUGGCUGGUUCCGGGUUCUGAUUAUUCCAUCUUCACAGGACGACCUUUAGAGAACAACUACAGUGCUUCCGGCGACGGAUUUGAAGAAACUCACUUGCAGCCCAGAAGGUACCAUUCUCCACCAGAGAAAGAUCAUCCCUGCACUCUGCAAGAUUUUGCAAAUGACUUGGACUUGUCAACUCCUCCCAUUCUGAGGGCAUUGAAACAAUUUGAUGGGAGAAAGGUUUCUGAAAGCUGGGGAGUACAAACACCAUUACACAAUGUAUCAGGAGGAGGAGAUGGUACAACAGAUGUCAUGAAACACACACACACCUUAGUGGACUCAAGCUUUAGUAGAGGCCAAUCAAUGGACUCGUGUAAGGAUCGGACAAGAUCAAAGGGCAACAGUUCUCCCUCAGGCCAAAGAUCAUCAUCUGUGCCCCCUUCAAACAGGAAAUCAACACCCACUUCCACACCAACCAAACGCAACACUUUGCUGACAUCAUUGUCUGCUAAGUCAAGUCCCAAGCGUUGCCCUAAAGAGAACCUAUCACCUGGAUUUAGUCAUCUCCUUGGCAAAGAAGAAAACACAGUGACAAGAUUUAAGGUGAGCGUUGAUGAAGUCAACUUGCCGAUGAAGUCAACCUCCUGCAAUUCAAGAAGAAAAAGCAAGAUAAUUAACUGCACAUUUGAUAACAAGCAUCUUUUUUCUGCAGCAAGGCAAAAUUCAAGGUAUCAUGCUGAUAAAUUUGAACAUGCGUUGUCUUCCGAGUCUGUUCUAAACGCUGUUAAGAUGGGGUCUGUCACUAGUCGACCUGCCUGGGAAGAUAAGACAACAAUUUCUCAGAAAGAAAAGAAAAUGUCGCCAUUACAAACUCCUUAUGAGACGGAGCUGACGUAUAAAGCAAGGAUGGAGGCUUUGGCAGAAACGGAGCAACUCUUUGAUGCACUUACACAAGAAAAGCAACAGAUUGAAGCUGCGUUAAGCCGUAUACCUGGUUCUACAGGUAGAAUGACUUUACAAGCAAGGGUGGAAAAGGAAGCUUUGGAAGAUCGCUUGGAAAAGAUCACUCGUGACCUGGGAUCAGUCCGAAUGACACUGAAGCGGUUUCAUGUUUUACGGUCCACUGCAAAUUUCUGAACUGUUUUCCAAUUUUUAUGUGACCAGAUCUUUACUUGCACUAAUGUGACAUAGUUAUGCACAGUCAUCGCUCACAGAAUGCGGGUUUAUUUUGGAUCAUCUUAUGACUAAACGAUGGCCUUAUAACAUACAUUCAUGUAUCAGAGGUCACUCUGUUGUGUAUAUAAAGUUAAACAUUGUGCCUUUUUGGGAACUGCAGUUCAUAUUUCACAAUUGUUUUGUUAUUAAAGGUUGGAACCAAAACUCUCAGAAGAUAUAUUUUGGUAAUGGUCGAAAAGUAUUAUAUACGUACUUUUGUAAAUGAGACAGAACAUCUAAAGUAAAUACUAUUUGUUAAAAUUUAGAUUAAAAUAUAAAGUGUCUGUCAGAAGCUAUUUUGCAGACAGGAUGUUUGUCAGAAAUUUUAAUAUUUUAUAUUUCAAGUUGAAAUUUAUGAACUAAUUUUUUUAAGAAAUAUUAAAAUUCAGUAUUGAAUAAACUAAUGGGCCACAUUUGUUUAAUUGUUACACAAAAUUCAGUGAAGGUAUCAUUGACAAAACUCUCUCAUUUACUUUGUUGUCGGUAAUGGCAACAAGUUUCAUCGAUUCUAUAGAAGAAUCUAACAGUGUGCACUUUAGUUGGUCUCCAACUUUCUCUAACAUUUACAAACUAACUUUACAUGGUUUCAUGAUUUUAUUUUAGUUUGGCCAAAACCAUUUAUAAAAUAUAAAAGAUCUUUAGUUACUGUGAUGUGAGCAGUUUAUUAAAAUGAUAAUGCUAAAA